GGGGGGUGUGCGAGGGGCAGGGCCGGGCGGCCUUCCUCCUUUGUUCCCCGAAGGGGCGCCCGCCGCCGCAUGGCUGGCCGCUGCCCUCUCUGCCCCGCUCCCCCUCCCGGGCUGCUCCCGGCUCGGCGCGGAUGCCCCGGCGGCCGGGGCGGUGUGAAAGCUAACCGUCGAUUUGCGCUCAUUUCAGGACCCGGGGGGCGUGUGCCUGGAGGCCGCUCCGCAGCCGUUGGUAGGGAUUCAUCUUCAUGAAGGAAAGAAACUUGUGAGAAGAUCCGAUUUAGAACUAUAGUGUUCACUUCAAGAUGCCCCAAAGGGAAAAUACUCAUCUGCAAGUCUUAUCUUCCAAAACUGUCUGCAUUCUUUCAAUCAAAGAAAAACGUUUUUUGAAAAAGAUGACUUGUGAAAUCUGUGAACAAAGCUGGCUUUACAAGGAUACUGAAUGAAAGACAACAUGCCUUACAAUGGACACUUAUCUUGAAAGGGUGACACUGUGCUCAUAAACUAAAACACAGGCACUGUAAAAACACUGAUCCUGAACAAGCAUAAGGAUUAUAGAAACUGCAUCAGAAUGUUCGUUAACCCCAGAAGAGUCAGAAAAUGCCAUUUUUUUCAGAUAUUUGGCACUUGCUUCAUACUCUGUGUCAUGAUUUUUUGGGGACCAUUUGAUAAUCACAUUGUGAGCCAUAUGAAGUCCUAUUCAUACAGAUACCUCAUAAAUAGCUACCAUUUUGUGAAUGAUAGCCUGUCUAUCAACAGGGAUAACCUGGACAGAGUAUCAAGCUACCAGUACUUGAUCAACCACAGAGAGAAAUGCCAGCAGCAGGAUGUGCUUCUCCUGUUGUUUGUGAAGACUUCUCCUGAAAACCGUCAUCGGAGGGAUGCAAUUAGACAAACUUGGGGUAAUGAGAAGUAUGUUCGUUCUCAACUUAAUGCCAAUAUUAAAACUCUUUUUGCUUUAGGACGACCCACAGAUAACCUGCAGCAAACACAGCGGCAAAAAGAACUUCAGCUGGAAGACCAGCAAUACAGUGAUUUGAUUCAGCAAGACUUCUUGGAUACUUUUCACAAUCUUACUCUUAAAUUGCUUUUGCAGUUUAGCUGGGUUAAUGCCUACUGUCCUCAUGCCAGGUUCAUUAUGUCUGCAGAUGAUGAUAUAUUUAUCCAUAUGCCAAAUCUUGUUGCUUAUCUCCAAAGUCUAGCACAAAUGGGUGUUCAGGAUCUCUGGAUUGGUCGUGUCCAUCGCGGCUCCCCUCCCAUAAGAGACAAGAGUAGCAAAUACUAUGUUCCAUAUGAAAUGUACCAGUGGCCCUCUUACCCUGACUACACGGCAGGAGCUGCAUAUGUAAUAUCAAAUGAUGUAGCAGCUAAAGUAUAUGAGGCUUCAUUGACUCUCAAUACAAGUCUUUAUAUAGAUGACGUUUUCAUGGGUCUCUGUGCCAAUAAAAUGGGAAUUGUACCACAAUAUCAUGUAUUUUUUUCUGGGGAAGGAAAGGCUCCGUAUCAUCCCUGCAUUUAUAACAAAAUGAUGACAUCUCAUGGACACAUAGAUGAUCUUCACCAGCUCUGGAAGCAGGCUACAGAUCCCAAAGUUAAAAAGUUUUCAUCGGGGAUUUGGGGUAGAAUAUACUGCAGACUAGUCAAUAUUGUACUUCUCUGUAAACUAUAUUAUGAGGACACAUAUCCUUGUUCAGCUGCAUUUUCUUAAUACUUGAAUAUCUGCGUUGAAGAUCCACUGAGCCAAAACAGAGCAACAACUUUUUAGCUGUUUCUUCAACAUAUAAUGGAAAGAGGUAAAACCUAAAUGUGAAUAGUUGGGGGUAGCUAGGAAAGAUGUUUCCAAAUUCUGUUCAGAAACUCUUAAUUGGAGUAGCUCUCCUAUUGUACUGCAACUUUUUACAUUGUAGCCUGGUUUGUUUUUGUUUGGUUUGGGGGGUGGGGGAUGGUGUUGUGUGUGUUUGUUGUUUUUUUAACACUCUCCAAGGGAUGUAAGUCUGGAUUAAAUGAACUAUAAUGGACUUUAUUUCUAGAUUUUGAAAUGCUUGGUGAAAAUGUCUGUUGCUUUGAACAUGUCAGUAAGUCAAGUUUGGUUUUUUUAAAGAAAAGCAAUGUGAACUAAGGCACAUGAUUAAAAAACUGCUAUAGCAAAAUGGAGUAGACCUUUGAAAACACAAGGAAAAUAGAACGUCUGGAUGAAUUAGACUAUUGCAGUAGUUUAAGGCAAUGUAAAUUGGUUACAAAUAUUCACCAUUUCUCAGUGCUUCACAGAAACUAAGUUUGGACCUGCACAAUUGAUAAACAUUCAGUGCUAGAAGUGAAGACCUGCUACCGUCUUUUUCUCAAAGUUCCCUAAACCUUUGAAAUAGGGAAACAGUUUUGGUGCCCUCUGACUUGGUUGUUUUAAGUAACAAAGGAGCUCUCUUUAAAUCAGGGCUGAAUUUAAAGGAUAACAAUCAAAUAUUACUCAUGUAACUGGCUUUGAUAAUAUCUCUGGCUUCUGAAAACUGAAGCAGUAUAUUUAAACCACCUGAUCUCUAAUAAGCAAAUAAGCUAAAUGAGUUUUCUUUUAGCAAUGGUUCUGUUUUCCAAUAUUCAUGGUUCUAAAGGUGAAAAGCAAGCAAAAAUCCCUGACAGUGUUACUAAAGUCUUUAACAGCUUUGAAUUAGCUAUUAAAAAGCAAAAUUUCAUGUUUGUACUAACAGAGAGGGAGGGUAUUUUCUGCACAAAGCUUGACUUCACAGUGAAGGGAUAGGAAGAUGGUGAUCCACAGAAACUAAGUACACAAAUCAAAAUCACUAAAAUAUUUCUCCUGGAGUCUUAAGCAUGAGAUUGUCUUUAAAAUUUCAGGGCAGUUUCUAUCCAUAAAACCCUGUAUCUUGAAUAUAUGUCAGUGUUAAUACUACCUGCAGGAGGAACAAAACACCUGUGCACUGUAAAUCAGGAUAGAUAAUCAAACUCAGUGAUGCUCAAACUUAAGCCAUUAUGAAUUGUACUGUGGUGCCAUAUAAAUAUUGCAGAGAACCAGAGUUCUAGGACAUCUGCAGGCUUUUCUUGUAUAGCUCACUAAUGGUGUUUUCGCAGACUCUCAGGACAGAUAUUUUAGUUGCUAAUUGCCAAACCUGUGGUAGCUCUUCCUGGAGUGGACACACAGCCCACACAAGGUACAGUCAGAUAUUGCUUAUGAACUGAUUUGAUGCUGGGACAAGUUCUAGUGUGGAUUGUGUCAGAAAACUACUUCUGAAAGCUUGAAUGAGUCAAGUUAAUCAGCAGAGCAAAAACAGUGCAAAAGCUCACAAAUUAUCGAGUAUCUGUUGGAAAUGUGCAAAUUACAGGAGCAAUACCUACUAGAUUUCUGUCCAAGACUAGCCUUUUUUUUCUGCCAGAAGUUUCUCACUCUGUGGAGCAGUGAGAUACUUUAAUCUGUGUCUUCUGACUUUACCGUAGAACAGCUAUACAAGACUUGGCAGUUAUAAGCUACAAGUAGUAAACUCUUGUUUAAAUAACUGCUACUGUUCUUGGAGCUGUGCUGCAGGUUUUAAUGGUUUGAAUGGCUCAUGGUAUACGUUAGCAUAGACAGAAUCCAGGAGUGAGCUUGCUGACUGUUCUCUAACCUGCCAUUUCAGAUGGAUGGUAGGUAGCUACUGGAAUUAAGUAAAAUGUGUAACUUUCUAUAAUUGGUUUUCCAGACGGAAAAGAAUAAGAAUGCUAACCGGACCCAAAGGUUGGGUAUGUAAAGAGCCCACAAAUAAAUAAUUUGAGUGUCAGAAUGAUUGAAGAAUGUAACAGCUACACUUUAGAAAGAACAAAUCUAGUUCAUGUUCUUGCCUAAACAGAUUGAUUACAGUACUGAGGAUGUGUGCUUUUUAAAAGAGAAAAAAAAAAAAAACCACAAGACAAUCCUAGAUCUAUAUAAUCUGUUGGCUUACUGAGAAAUAAAUGCACAUUAAGAGAAAGUAGUAUUUCAUACUGAAGGAAAGCUGUUUCAUUAGAUCUCUGACCUGUUGUGAGCCAUUUAAAUCAACAAGCUGCACAGCAAAACUGCACUACUAGAAAAAGCCACCCUGUUCACUGUAGAGGAGAGGGUCUUCAUAUGCAGUAUGCAACCAAUAUGUACCAUUAAGACUAGAAUUACUUCCAGCGUAACUAUGUUCGGAUUUAUUGGUUUCACUCAUACAAGCAAAGGUAAAGUAAGGUUUAAGUAGCUUAAACUUCUAUAGGGUAACGACCUAGCUAACAUCUUAAAAACUGCAUAAAUGUAGUUUGCCAUUAUCUGAAAGACACUUUGACCAUUGGAAUACUUUGUUUUACAGCUGGUUUGAGUUUGUUUGGAUUGUUUCUCAAUCUUAAAAGGGCUUUGAUAUUUGUAGUAUGUGUUUUCUUUUGCUGCAGUGAAAAGAAGUUGCUUGUUGAAUAAAAAGGAGAGCAUGAAGGCAUUCCUUUCAAAAAAUGGAGAAGCUAGGAAACUUAUUUUCUGAUUCUAAACACUGACUUAAGAUUUGUACACCUUUAUCUCAAAUCUUUUUUAACAGUAGUCUUGGUGCUCCAAUGCAGGGCUGUCAGGUUUUACUUCUACAAAUACAACUGGCUCAGCCUCAAUGGUCACUUCUCAUUAAGAGUUUGACAUCGUUGCACAGCAUAUUUAUGCUAAAAUUGUUUUUACCUGUUUGGUUUGCAUCAGUUUCCCUUUGAUAUUAAUUUUUAUACAAAGUAUUGCAAUAUUUAUUCUUAAACUUUGCUCUGUACCACAAAGACAAUUAUUUUGUAAAAUUUGUUUGAAUAAACAGACUUAAUUUCUUUAAAAAAACAAACAACACAACAAAGGUAAAUAUCUCCUGUUGUUUUCUUUGUAACUGACAGGCUCA